UAUGUGCACAUCGAGAAAAUCUUUAUUAUACUUGCGCAACCACACAUCUUACGUGGACUUCAUGAAAAGAUGGCAGUUACCAGUUUAUUUUCAUUUGCGGAAGUUUCGUCUCAAGUUGAGAAUGCAUUAAUUACUGGGAUUGAGAUACCGACCGAUAGCAGUAAUGAUUUGCAAUCAACAUUAAAACUCCCUGCAAGCAAAUCAAUACUAUUUGCAAUAGAACGUUGUUGGGCUGAUGACGUGUUUGUAUAUGGACUUUCUCACCGAUUUUGGAAAUUGACUCUACAGUUAAUUCAACGAUACAAAAGUUGGUUAUUGGCCUGUUUAACUGAUUUAUUAUCCGAAACUAACUCACUAGGAAGUGAUAAGUUGGAUUCUCCCGUUUUACGACCCUCAAAUAAUUCAGGAGGCAGCAAUUUAGCCUCCAUAGAAGUACAAGAUGAACGAUUGUUAAAGUUAUUAACAAUUGUGGCUCAUGAUGUUGAAAAUAUAACAUUAAAGAUAAGAGAUAUUUAUCAAGAACAUAUUAUCACGAGACUUCCAGAAUCUAUGAAUGAACAACCAGUCAUCGAAGGUUGGUAUACCGAUUCAUUAGUUCAUCCGUAUUCGGAUCUCCCAGAUUUGAGUCAAAAAAUUGCAACCAUUCUCACAAAAAGAUGUACCGAGACCUUAAGCAAGCACAUUCGUAGUGUUAUUACUCAAUUCCGUGGAUCCAACACUAAACCUCCUACAGAAGCAUCAUACUUUGUUCCGCAUAUUAUUAAACCACUGGUCACAUUCUGUAAGGUUAACAGUCAGCUUCUCAGUGAUAAAAGACGGAAUGAAUGUAAUUCGAUCGUGGCUGAUGCUGUUGCAAACCGAUAUUACACCAUUGUAUUUGAACAUCUCACUACGUUAAAGAAAACAGAAGAAAGCUCUAAAAUUAUGAAACGUUUAAAAAAAGGAAAAAGUACUAGAAGUUCAUUUUUUUCUGGAAGUAGUAAUGGAGACGGUGGCGAAGAAUCCGGUGCAUUAAUGAGCGAUGAGGACAAAAUUAGGUUACAAAUAUUAUUAGAUGUAAAACAAUUUGGCAAAGAGUUGACAAAUAUAGGAUUAAGUCCUUUAGAAAUUAAAGGGUACACUGAAUUGUACAAAGUUGUUGAGCCUUAUGUAAUAUACUUUGAGUCCACUGCACACGGAUUAAUGUUUCAUUAUUAA